UGACACUGGACCACAUCGAACUGUAUCGGUCGACAAGUCCGUACCAACCGCUUCCGCCCAGACGUGCAGACCAGACGACACAAACAGUACACCAUUGACGACAUUCGUUUGCACUACAUCCACAGCGUUGCGCCAUGCGUUCGAAUAGCCUGCCCGUUUUCGCCGCGACGGUGCUGCUGGCAGCCGCGCAAAGCUUGUCGGUCGGUGCCGCGGCCAAGUCCACCAGAGGGUUGGUCAGGUAUUCGGACGAACAGCACAUUCCGGUGCGCCAGGUGCACGUGUCUAAAGCUAAAGCAGAGUCGGCCAAGAGCAAGUCUGCACCGUCAAAAACCAAGAAGCCGGAAGCCGCUGUAGUCCAAAAGAAAAAGCCGGCGCCCGCCAAGCAAGUCGUUAGAAAACCACCCAAGCCUGUUGAUGAUAAACUGAGAAGCGAAUACGAAGAAUAUUUACGUCAACAGAUUCAACAAUGGCAAAUUGCCGUAAUUAAUGGCCAACCAGUUGCCCAGGGACCACAACCUGCGGGACAACCCCCAUCCAGUGUAUGGAUACAAGUUCCUGCUAAUGGGUACUACCCUCCACCAUCAUAUGGUUACCCUUCAUACCCUCCUCCUUCUUAUCCACCACCGUCUUACCCACCACCCUCUUACCAACAACCCUCUUACCAACAACCAUCAUACCCGCCUCCUUCAUACCCUCCACCAUCGUACCCUCAACCAUCUCCAUAUCCACAACCUUCUCCAUAUCCCCAACAGCCACUAUACCCACCGCAGCCCAUUUCUAGUACGACUGAACAACCCGAACCGUUAAUUUCUGAAGAAGUCACAACGUCUCAACCAGAUGGGUCGACAUCGCCAAUAUCUCAACCAGAAGAUGGUGGGUAUGUGACCAUUGAACCUCCAGGAUUUCCCGGACAAGUAGACACAGGUAUCCCACCUCCAGGUGUUGCUGAACCCGAUAUCCCAGAACUGACACAGCCCCCUGAAAUUUCGACAGAUAAACCAGAAACAACAACUUACACACCUGAAAGUUCAACAGAAUUACCGGAAGUAAUUCCAGCAUAUCCCGACAACCAAGUUCCAUCAGAGCAGCCACCAGGUGUACCAUUAUAUCCAGGACAGCCAGAAGAAGUACCUACAACUACAAAACCCGAAUUGCCAACUGAAUUUCCAACUAGUCCAUCAAUUACAGGGGAACCUGAAGGCGUUACAAAUGCUGCAACUACUCUUUUUCCCGAAAGUGAAGUUGGAUCUACUGCAUCACCUUCAACAGAUGCAUUAAAAUCUCAAUGUAAAGAACCUAGAGGACAAUUUCCAAGUGAAACUUCUUGUAACAAAUUCGUCAAUUGUUGGGACGAAACAGCAGUCGAGCAGGAAUGUCCUGCAGGACUGGCGUUCAAUGCGGAAAAACAAUAUUGUGAUUAUCCUGCCAAUGUAGACUGCGGUGGAAAACCCAUUACUGCUACAGAAUCUUCAAGUAGCGGUGGCAUUAAUAAUACACAAUGUCCAGAUGCUUAUGGCACCUACCGUAGUAAAGAAAAUUGUGGUGCUUUUUACGUUUGUGUAGCUGGAACACCAGUGGACUUCGUUUGUCCUGGUGGAACAAAUUACAAUGAAGAAUUAAAAAUCUGUGAUUACCCAUAUCGGGUUGACUGCAAAGGUUUACCGAGUAAUCCAGAACCAAUAGAAUCGGGAACCGAAGUUGACCUAACUACUACUGUUGCACCCGAAGUGUCUUCUACCACUUCUUCCACGUCGUUAUCUUCAGCUGAAUCUUCACCGAGUACUGAAUUUAUUCCAACGUCGUCUAUCACACCAGCCGGUGACGCUGUUCCGGCUCGGAUCUCAUAUACUAACAGCUUAAGAAAAAUACCUCCAAGUAUGGUAAAUACAGGAGUCCUUUGCAACCACCGAAGUGUAUACAGGUUAACUCCAGAUUGUUCAUCAGUUACACUUUGUCGUAAUGGAUUCACUCAUAUUCUAAAUUGCGGCUACGCUACUAGCUACGACAUAAUUAGCCAAAAGUGUAUAGCUAGCCAGAAAGCAAAUUGUGGACGUGCAAACUAGACAGAGCAAAUGUUGAUCAAUUUGGACCUGUAUAAAUAUACACAAACAUGAAAACGAUAAUCUAUAAUGUACUAGAAUAAAAAUAUUAUAGCUAAGAAAUAAUAGGUUUGGCAUCAUAAAAACCAACCUAAGUAAAUGUAUUAUUUGUGUGUUUUUUGGUAUAUUCUUUUUAUUAAAAACAGACUGUCGUUUUAGUCAGUAGUUUAAGUGAAAAGAAAAUACUGACCACCAAAAACAUAAUUAUUUAUUUAUUGAAAUAUAAUUAUUAAAUUAUUUGUCAUAAUUUAUUUAUUAAGAAUUUAAAAUGUAUUUUCAUGGCAAAAUAUAUACAUAAUAUAUAGCUUUAUUGCUGCGUUCCCCGGCUACGCCAGGGGCUAUGCGAAA